AUGGAAAAGGAGUUUAGUUCAGAACCAUCCUGGACAAUGUUCGUGGAUGGGUCGAGUAACUCAGAAGGUUGUGGAGCAGGAUUCAUUUUGACAAGUCCGCAGGGCUUCAAGAUUCAGUUCGCGUUGCACUUCAAGUUCUCAGCAUCUAACAACAAAGCAGAGUAUGAGGCACUGAUAGCGGGCCUUAGAAUGGCCAAGGCCAUUCAGGUCAAGAGAUUGGCAAUACGAGGUGAUUCACAGCUGGUCGUGAAUCAAGUGAACAGGGAUUAUAAGGCCCAGGACGACCGCAUAGCGGCAAACCUUUCCAUGGCCAAGGAGCUGGUGGCCUCGUUCAAGGUGUUCGAGAUGCAUAGAAUACCAAAGAACAAGAAUGGAAAGGCAGAUGCGCUCUCACGCCUCUCAAUGGAGGCAUUAGCUCAAUUGGAUGGGGUUAGUGUAUAUCAAAAAUUUAUCUGA